ACAACAAUAUCGGAUCAUCGCCGAUCAUCUUAUUUAAUAUAAAUACUUACAAGAAAUACGCCUCGUUCUCGCCUUUCGUAUCGUUAAGCACCUAACACAAACCAGAAACAGCAGCCGGACAGCAGCCCCUGCCGCCUGCACUGCCUCAACUCGCACAUACAUACACACAUACGCAGAUAUACCCGUAUAUAUAUGUGUGCAUUGGUAUGUACGCGAGCGUGAGCGGAUCGCAUACGGAAUCGAGGCAUUCGACGUAGUCUUCCAGUUACCGUCGCGUGGAGCUUUUGUUGAACUAUUGACGCAGAAGCGGAGGCAAACGUGAAUACGAAACUGAAUCUGAAACUGGAUGUGAAUGUGUAUGUGGUUGGGAGCGCUCCUUUACCGUUCUGCCCACCAAGAUGAUGUUCACCCGCGCCCAGGUGCGCAAGCAGAAGACAAACAGCGCCAGCAGCAGCCAGCGAGCGCGCAGCUCUGGCGGCUCAUCGCGUCUCCAGGGUCAUGAUUUGCGCUAUAAGCCGAGCUCAUCCAGCAGCAGUGGCGCCGGGAGCGGCCUUAGUGGCUCUAGUGCUAGCGGCGUACGGCGUGAUCGUGACCGUGAACGGGAUCGUGACUGUGAUGAUCACUAUAACAAUCACUAUCAUUAUGGCAAGCAGCAUUCCUUUGAGCUACCUCGCCAGCACUCCAAAGAGGAUGCAUACACCCGAGACAGAGACAGGGAUAGGGACAGGGAUAGUGGCGUCGGGGGAGGGAUUGGGGGUGCUGGCAGCGGUGGCUACGUGGAUCGUCGCACGCGACCACGCAGCAUUACGAAUCGCCGCGGCGCUAUCAAACACCAAAAAACUCACGAUAUCAAUGGCCAUCGCUUUGUGGCGAAAUUCUUCCGUCAGCCCACGUUCUGUGCGUUCUGCAAUUUGUUUUUGUGGGGCUUUGGCAAGCAGGGCUACCAGUGCAUCAUUUGCCAAACCGUUGUGCACAAGAAAUGCCAUGAGAAGCUGCUCGGCAAGUGUUCCGGCUCCGUCUUCAACUCCGCCAGCACAAUUCUGCUGCGCGAACGCUUCAAGAUCGAUAUGCCGCACAGAUUCAAGCCGCACACGUUUAUGUCGCCCACAUUCUGUGAUCAUUGCGGCUCCUUGAUGGGCGGCUUCUUCAUACAGGGCCUGAAGUGCGAAGAAUGUGACGUGAAUUGUCACAAGAAAUGCGAACGGCUCACGGCCAAUUUAUGCGGCGUCAAUCAGAAGCUCAUCGUCGAGGCGCUCAAUCACGUAAAGCGAGAAACAUCAUAUACAUAUUCACAAUUCCAAAAAUCCGGACGAUUCACUGCGCCAGCAACAGUAAUACCUAGAUUUAAGAACUAUUCGGUAGAUGAUUUUCAUUUUCUGGCCGUGCUGGGCAAAGGCAGCUUUGGCAAGGUUCUGUUGGCUGAACUGCGUGAUACGACAUAUUACUAUGCCAUCAAGUGCCUUAAGAAGGACGUGGUCCUUGAGGACGACGACGUCGACUCCACGCUAAUCGAACGCAAGGUUUUGGCACUGGGCACCAAGCAUCCGUAUCUGUGCCAUCUAUUUUGCACAUUUCAGACCGAGAGUCACUUGUUCUUUGUCAUGGAGUAUCUAAACGGCGGAGAUCUCAUGUUUCACAUACAGGAGAGUGGACGAUUUUCGGAGGAUCGUGCGCGAUUCUAUGGCGCCGAAAUCAUAUCCGGCCUCAAGUUCUUGCAUAAGAAGGGCAUCAUAUACAGGGAUCUCAAGUUGGAUAACGUAUUGCUCGACUAUGAGGGCCAUGUGCGUAUUGCAGAUUUUGGUAUGUGUAAGUUGCAGAUAUACUUAGAUAAGACGGCCGAUAGCUUUUGUGGCACACCCGAUUACAUGGCGCCCGAAAUCAUUAAGGGCGAAAAGUACAAUCAGAAUGUCGAUUGGUGGUCAUUCGGUGUGCUGCUCUACGAAAUGCUCAUUGGCCAAUCGCCAUUCAGUGGCUGCGAUGAGGACGAAUUGUUCUGGUCCAUAUGCAAUGAAAUUCCAUGGUUUCCGGUCUACAUAUCAGCCGAGGCAACGGGCAUACUCAAGGGCCUGCUGGAGAAGGACUAUACGAAACGUAUCGGGUCACAGUAUAGUCCAGCUGGUGAUAUAGCAGAUCAUAUAUUCUUUAGGCCCAUUGACUGGAACCAGCUCGAAAAGAGGCAAAUCGAGCCGCCUUUCAAGCCCCAAGUGAAACAUCCGUUGGAUACGCAAUAUUUCGAUCGGGUAUUUACCAGAGAACGCGUGCGCCUAACGCCCAUCGAUAAGGAAAUACUCGCAUCAAUGGAUCAGAAACAAUUUCAUGGCUUCACCUAUACAAAUCCGCACAUCACAUUGGACUAGGAUGUCUAAGUAUAUAUUAGUAGUCAAUGUGCUGGCCAUAGACCAUAUAUAUUUAGCAUAUUUAUCUCUAAUAUUAGCUAUACAUAUUCAUGAACCUAACCUCCGGAGCCCUAGCCCGAUAAUUACUUCAUAGAGCAACAGUAUUUGUAUAUGUAUGUAUAUAUAUCUAUUAUAUGAUUCAAUCAAUAUCGUUUUGUGUAAGGUUUUUUUUUUAAUAGAUAUAUAGAAAUGCGCAUAAAUAGGUUUACUUAAAUGUAUCAAUGUGCAGAUUCCUAGCUAAGUAAAGCUGAGCCAAGUAUCGUCUCAGAUCGAUGUCUAUAUCUGAAAUCGGAGUUGAUUUUGGCUAUUACAGUUACAAAGCUACGAAUACGUUUAUAUUGAUAGUCACUUAGCCAUAAAUAAACCUACAUA